AUUAAAUAAAGUGGGCAGCACUGCAGCCGCGACCAGGCACAAAUUUUGUUUUCAUUCGCGAACUUUUAUUUAUAUAGCUGCCAAAUAUGAAUCCUUUGGAUAAAAUACAUGCACUUGAUGAAAUCGAAAAGGAAAUAAUACUAUGCAUGCAGAGUGCAGGACAAGCGCUGCAAGAGCUUGGCAAGGAGAAAUGCUCGCAAAAGAACGCCGAAACGCAGUCGCAACAGUUUCUGAAAAGCCUCUCCAGCGUCGAGUCCAAGCUCUCAGAGCAAAUAAACUACCUCACACAAGUAUCCACCGGUCAGCCUCAUGAGGGAUCUGGCUACGCCUCUGCCAAGGUACUGCAAAUGGCUUGGCAUCGCAUACAACACGCCCGCUCCCGCGUGCGGGAACUCGAGGAGACCAAGGCUAGGCAUUCGCAUGCAGCUCGAAAGCAACAGAAGCGGCAGCAGGAAGAUGCAGCCGCUCAACAGCAGCAACAACAACAGCAGGCAGCAGAUGCUGCAGCCCAACAACAGCAACAACUAGCUGCCGGACCAGGAGGUAGUGGUGCCGGCGAUGCUGGCACCGUUGGCGGUGGUAUGGGUGGUGAAGGUGGAGGCGGUGGUAUGCCGCCCAAUUAAUUCGACACUAAGUUUUUUUGUACACAUUAAAAUUAAGUUGUAUUUGAAA